UUCAGCAGCAUUGGGCGCUGGCCGUCGUAUUCGCUAGGUUUGGGCGUCGCUGCGUCUCGGCUCUCGGCGGGCGGACGGUGCGCGGCGGCGGCCGGCGAGCGUGCGCGACAGCGCCGCCACGCACGCUCGCCUCGCGACCCAGUCCGCUCUGACGUUGUACCAAGUCACCGGUGUCACCGUGUGGAACGGCUCGCUAGCCUGUGCCACCGCAGGAUAAAUUGUGCGCAUUUUAGCAAUACAUCGGUGUUCGUGAUAGGUGGUAGAGCAGGUAGUUUCCGGGAACUGGUGGCGUCAGAGUAGGCGAGGCCGCGGCGGAGCGCGUGGCGCGGGCAGCCCUCGCUGCGGAGCGAGGCUCCGAGCAGCUGGCGGUGUUUACACGCCGCGCCUGCAGCCGCGAGCCGCGCCGCCCGUGCGCUUGCUCGCUGUAACAUACACCCCUCAUAUACUAUUCGGUGCUGCGAAUUUUUAACUUAACGAAGCUACUUCGGAGGUAUUUCAUCCUUAUAAAACCCGUAUCUCCACAGUGAGCACAAUUGUAGCGCACAUUGUCACAGUGUCACGAACCGUUCAGCAUAAGCAUCGAAACCGAAUUGCCAUAGUUCAUUCGAGUGAUAUCACAAGUAUAUAAAUAUGGGUGCAAAAGAAAGCGUGGAGGCUGCUAAAUUUUCUGCGCAAAAUUGGAACAAUUUCGAGCAUGGAGUGAAACACCACUAUAAGCACGGCACUCAGCGCUCGCAGAGCCUUAACCGUGGACACUCGCUCUCGCGCUCCGAUGGCACCUGGUGACAUCACGGGACCACGGGCAGCGUAGUAACGUGCGCCGAGUGCGGCCAGCGCACGAUGGGCAACAAGCUGUCAUCCUGUUCGUGCGCGCCCAUUCUCCGCAAGGCGUACCGCUACGAAGAUAGCCCGUGGCAGAACUCCCGCCGACGUGAUGGCCAUCUAUUGAGUCGUGUAUCUUCCAGGCUCUGGGCCGAGGUGUUCCACGUGUCAGCCAGUGGCGCCGGCACCGUGAAAUGGCAGCAGGUGUCCGAGGACCUGGUCCCAGUGAACAUCACUUGCAUACAGGACUCGCCGGAGUGCGUGUUUCACAUCACCGCCUACAACUCGCAAGUCGACAAGAUACUGGACGUUAGACUAUUGCAGCCUGGUACUCGCAUUGGACAAGCUUCUGAAUGCUUCGUCUACUGGAAAGAUCCAAUGACUAAUGACACCUGGGGGCUCAACUUUACCUCGCCUAUAGACGCCAAGCAAUUCCGAGAAUGCUGCUCACCAUCAUUCAAAUUCUCACGUAAGGCAUCCUCGAGCUACAGCUUGAAGUUGGAACCGCCGGGCAGCAAGCAGAAAUUCAAGACCAAAAGGAAACCAGUCUCCACGCCGGCCAGUCCUAAUCGAUCAAGCCUAACAUAUGGUCGUGAACCUCAGUGCACCUGCAUGACACAAGAACAAUAUGCCAGAUUAAGAGCUCAAGAUCCACGAUAUCGCUCCUCCACUCUGCCGCGUACAACUACACGUGCCAUUGAAACAGAUGCGGGCGCUGCCGGCGGCACGACUGGACGAUCGGACAAAGUUGCAGCCGCUACCUCCUCUACAUCACUCUACGACAACGUCACUGGCUCGCAGCCGACGAACCAAGCGCCGCCAAAACCGGCAGCACGUCAAACGGAGACGCAACCACCUUCACGUCCUCCAAAGUCACAAGAGACUUCGACUAUGACUACAAAUACCUCGACAGCUCCAAAAACCGUUACUGCCUCAGUGGGAACACAUGGCACAAAUAUAAACGAAGAAUCACAAACCACCACUGGCCAAAGCAGCCAGCACGGACAAGACCUUAAGUCGGAAGGUGUCCAGGCCGGCGGUACUCUCACUACCUCUAAGUCCUCUGCCACUUCCACAAGAUCCAAGGAGCAUUUACAGCAUAUGCCUAAGAGCGUUGAUUACGGGGACGGGAAUGAAUCUUCCCGCGAGCAAGACAGGCACACGAUGCACAAUCACAAUGUUAUCAAUAACAAUACUUCUGGCUCUCGCCGUACGAAGUCCAAGAGUACAGAAGAUAUGAAUAUGGAUUCAAGCACUCUGAAGCGAAUGUUGAAGCCAAUGCCGUCGAUGGAGAGCCCAGUGACGUCACCAGAGAUGGGUCGUCGUCGAUACGGCGGUGCUGGGCCGUGUCCGCCGACAUGCGGGUCGCACGGCCACCGCCAUCAACAGCACAUGCACCACGGACACUACGCUCAUGUAGUGAACAACAACACCCGACAGGGCUCGCAGAGAUACUCUUCGACUAACCGCGGCGUGGGUGUCGGUGCGGCGCCGAGCGGCUAUCCGGGACGUGGGCUCUACCUGGAGCUGGGCGGUGGAGAACGAGACCUGUCCCCGCCCUCCGACAACGUGAUGUUUGACAAUCAGUGCUACGCCACAACGCCUUCGUCAUCCAACGGAAACUCAGACCAGGAGCCGUGCCAACGCCGUGACCGAGAUCCGCGUCAACAUCACCAUGGACAAAAGCCCUGUCUAUCGCGUCAGGCUUCUCAGUCCAGUGCAACGCCAGCCCCCGGGUCGCCCACAUCACGGUUACUACUUGAAUACGAGAUGCACCUUCGCAACACGCUGGCUAAGGGUAUGGAUGCAGAGAGCUAUAGUCUACACACGUUUGAGGCUCUGUUGAGUCAGAGUAUGGAGGAUUUGGAAUACAACGACAACAUGCCGCCGUCGAAUCAGCGAAGUCCUUAUCCACCUCGUAGAAGACCAGCUUCGCAAUGUUCCGGUGGAGGAAGCCGCUCUUCAACAUUGCCUUUACCACAUCGCCUAGGAGUAGAACGGCAGCACAGUGCUCGUUCCGAUCGAGACGGUUACUACAGCGACCGCAACGAGCUGAUGAGGGAACGAGAGAGGGACCGGGAGCGCGAUAGGGGGUAUCUCAGCGAUCACAAUACGAGGGAUCGUAUUAGAGACCGUGACCAAGGCUACCUUAGCGAUCAUCAAUCAAGUUUCGUAUCGGCAUCCCGGUGCGCAUCCUGUAUUGGAGAGUCGGCUCGCUCAGCCUGGUACCGUCACUCUGAUGGAUGGCGCGGAGCCCCACCGCCGGGGCCACGCCGGUCUCCCUGGGAUUCCCUACCAAGUCUUAGGCACGAAGGCAGCCUCAACGAUUCCGGUUAUCGAAGCAACAGAGCUGACAGCUUUGAGCAGCGAGGCGUAUUUGAUCGGCAAGAUAGCGUGCGGUCGGAGUACACGAGCGACCGAGAAUCCUCCCGUUAUGGCAUCGUGCAACAGGCUUCGAUCGAUAGUACAGACUCCAGGAUAUGUUACCUGACUUCCAGUGAGAUAUCCGACGAUGAUCGCAUGUCGCUGACCACGGCGGUGUCUGAUGAAGAGGAUCCGGGUGAGAGUGCAAUGAACUCCCCGUACAAAGGCAAGCAGACUGGGGCCGCGGCUGCCUCCUUUAACUGCACUGGUGCUGUUAGGAAAGCUGGAUUUUUGAGUGUGAAGAAGUGGCUACUUCGCAAGAAGCACCAGAUUGAGCUAGCUCGCAAACGUGGAUGGAAAGGCUACUGGGUGUGCCUCAAGGGCACUACACUACUGUUCUACCCUUGUGACUCUCGAGAGGGUCGUUCAGUAGAAGCCGCACCAAAACACCUCAUUAUAGUUGAUGGAGCCAUCAUGCAACCAAUACCGGAACACCCUAAACGCGAUCACAUAUUCUGUUUGAGUACGGCCUUUGGCGAUGCAUAUCUCUUUCAAGCCCCAUGUCAGGUGGAGCUCGAAAACUGGGUGAAUAGCAUACAUAGUGCAUGCGCUGCGGCAUUUGCUCGUCACCGCGGGAAAACGGGAACGCUUCACCUACUUCAAGAAGAAAUUUACCGCCUCGAGAAAGCUAUAGAAUCCGAUCACAAGUUGAAACAUAUGGCCGACUUGCAGCAAUCCGUAGUCUCAGACCCUGAAACAAGAGCACAGUUGGCUGUACAGAUGUUGCAAUGGGAGGAAAAUCUCGAGAGAUUACACUGCGAACAAUUCCGCCUUCGAUGCUACAUGGCGAGCCUUCAAAGCGGCGAGCUACCGAAUCCUAAGUCGUUGCUAACACAUGUAUCGCGGGGCACAAAGAGCACUCUCAACAAACUGGGCGUGUUCACGGUGUCUUCGUUCCACGCGUUCAUCUGCGCCCGUUCACCCUCCUUGCUAAACAACUUGCUGGCUGGUAGAGGAGCCACUAAACGUAGAGCACCCAAUCUAUCUAGAUCCAAUUCGGGCUCUAGUCGACGCUCCAUGCAGAUGUCGCGCGAAGAAGGCGAAGCGGCGGUAAGGGUUUCGUUACCCGAAGGUACCACUGCGACGGUGGGCGUUCGUGAAGGGAUGUCGGUUGAAGAAUUCCUUGCGGCUGCUUGCGCACGACGCUCUCUUAACCCUCUAGAACACUUCGUGCGAGUUAAGAAACGCCGGGAUAUGGAAGACCAUAAUUACUUUGUACCGCACAGAAGUGACCUCAUUGAGACAUACUUGCACACACACGAGGUAGUGGAAGUAUGCGCCAAAAUUUUAUACCAAGUAGAACUGCAACGAAAUACCCUGGAACAGAUGUGGGGUUUCAGUGUAGAAGCUGAACUGAUCGAAAACGCGGAACGACAGGACGAACUCUGCUGCUACGUGAGCCGUGUUGAGGACAAGAGCGUUGCUAUGCAGAACGGUAUAAUCAAAGGCGACGAAAUAAUGGUGAUUAACGGAGCGAUCGUAUCUGACCUAGAUAUGAUGUAUUUGGAGAGCGUGUUACAAGAGGAACUCUCGCUGGUUAUGAUGAUGAGGUCGUCACGGACGGAGCCGCCGGAGCUGACUGGCGUGAUGCGCGCCGCCACGGACGACAUCAUCGACUCGCUGGUGUGCCCGCCGCCGCCCAGCGAGCCGCCCGUCAUCUCCGACGACAUGAUAUCCGGUCUCAUCGUGCCGGCGCCAGCAUGGAGUAAAGAGCUGUACAGCCCAGAAACAGACGCGCAUGGAGACGCAUCAAGCACGGGCCCGCCCAAAGUGAGCUCUCGGACGAACUCCUUUGAGAUCGAGAACCUCCUCAAGAAGUGUGGGCGUGUGCGGCAGAGUGCGGAACAGGUGACGGGCUGGUGCCGCUCGCCGGCCGACACGCGGCGCGGCAGCCCCACUGGCAGCCUCACCAGCGCUGCCGUCACUCCCUCCAGACACCUCUCUGACGCUGACAAGCUGAGGAAAGUGCUCAUGGAACUCGUCGACACGGAACGCGCUUAUGUCAAGCAUCUAAAUAACUUACUGGAGAACUACCUGGAACCGCUCAAGAAGGAAACUUUUUUAUCGAACGCGGAGAUCAACGCUCUGUUUGGAAACAUACAGGAGAUAGUAACUUUCCAGAGACAGUUCCUACAAAACUUGGAAGAGGCGCUCGAGGCUGAACCUAAUUUCAACCACUUCGAAUUUUCAAAUCAGUUUAAGAACGUUCUCUUCGCAGUUGGGAAUGCUUUCCUCUAUUACGUCAACCAUUUCAAAUUAUACAGCUCCUUCUGUGCCAGCCACAGUAAGGCACAGAAAGUUUUACAUCCAACAGAUGAGGGCAAUCAAGCACUUCAAGAGUUUUUGGCGGCGCGUAAUCCAAAACAACAACACUCUUCAACCUUAGAAUCGUACCUAAUCAAACCAAUUCAACGAAUACUUAAAUAUCCUUUACUAUUACAACAAUUAAGAAAUUUGACUGAUGUAAAUUCGGAAGAGCAUCUUCAUUUAGUGGAGGCUUUAAAAGGGAUGGAAAAAGUUGCGGAACACAUCAAUGAAAUGCAACGAAUACACGAGGAAUAUGGUGCUAUAUUUGAUCACUUAUUUAGGCAACAUCAGAAGUCAUGCAAGCAACCAAUUGAUUUAAGUCCUGGUGAUUUGUUAUAUUACGGAGGCGUAGAAUGGUUGAAUAUCUCAGACUUUUUAGGUAAAAUAAAGAAGGGGCUAGAGUUGCACGCUAUGUGCUUUGUAUUUAAAUCAGCUGUUGUCUUCCUCUGUAAAGAAAGACUGAGACAAAAGAAAAAAUUAAUGGGGGUUUCCUCGAAAAAUAACUCAAAUGAAGUAGAAAUUAUACGAUAUCAAGUGUUGAUACCUGUGACGGAAGUUCAAGUACGAGCAUCAUCUGCAAAGGACAUGGACAGUCAUUUCUUAUGGGAGCUCAUUCACUUACGCAGUCAACUACAACGCCGCUCCGAAAAAGUCUACGUACUCUCGAAUAGCACGGCGGACUUCCGCAACGCGUUCUUGAAGACAAUCCGGCAGAUCAUCCGUGAAUCUGUCCGCAAUAUGUCACUGCCCAGCUCUUCCCGACCCGCCCCCGCACCGCCCCGCGCCCCCGCCACUCUCGAAAGACCUAAACACCAGGUGCAGGUGAUGCAAGGAUCUCAAACCCUCGGAAAAACGAAAAAGCCUAAAACAAUGGGUCAGAGACUCUCAGCUGGUAAUAUCGAGGUCGGAGAUUUAUCCCGUGAAAACUCACAAGAUGCUGAUGAACCUCCUCAAGUUUCUGAAUUAUCUUCUGACGAAACUACGUUCAGACAAAGAAGCAAGACCCUUUGUGAAUCAAUCGAAAGCGCUGCCAAGCGCACUCUGCCACCUCCGCCCCCGCCGACGACUGACACGGACAAGUCGGAGGGCGGCUCCAAGUCGGAGGGCGAGGACGAACUGCCACAACCGCCCGCCAAGCGAGGGUUAGGCCGCACUCCCAACCACCUCACCCUCAGUACAACUUCGACCCUGAGUGCCGGAAGUACCGGAAGCCAGGCUCGACUGAUUCAGUCUUCACAUCAACCUACUCAGUAUCAACCGACCAUGGUCAAGGAACUAGGGUCGCCCGUGUGGAAACCGCGCGACGUGAUGAGCGAGGCGGGCCCCAGCGCGGCGCCCUCCGCGCCCACCACGCUGCCGCGCUCGCAGCGCCCCGCGCCGCGCGCGCCGCACCUGUCCGCGAGCCGCAAGUCCCUCGCGCCGGACCACCGCCACUAACGACCGCAAACCACCGACAAUCCGCCACUCUACCCCUUAACCCCUCUCUUCCAAAUGACAUUUUAAAAAGUUUCUUGAAAAUUUACUCUACGCUCCUCCUUAGUUCUGGGCCCUAAGUGCAAAUUUUUAAGUUAAGUACGAGACACCGUAUUUGCGGUUCUGCCUAAAUCGUAUGGAGAUUUCAAAUUACGACACCUGUCAAAUGACAGAGUGUAACUCCACAUAUCUCGUGAAUUAACUUCAAAAGUUACACUAGAGCCUCUGAUAUCCAUUUCGUGAUUAGGUACAUAACACACUUCCUUGAACCGACUUCCAUUUUUUACGCUUUCAUAAAAUAAAAAUCAUCAAAGUGUACUCUGAAAAAGCAAUAUUCGGUGCGUUUUACUUUUGGCAUAACUUCUCGUUAUAAUUCAAAAAAAAUCCAUUCACGUUGGCAUGUUCGGCGAUUGCCACCCUUCGUAUACUCCAAUGAGUGUUGUUUACAAAAUUAAAAUUGGGUUUGAAUCAGGUUGAAAUGGUAAUCGGGGAGGGAAAGCUCUGCACACCCGCGCAGCCCCCGCGCUAACCCGAUGCGGGCGAGCGCGGGUGUGCGGGGCGUCCCCCGGGCUCAUAGCCCGAUCGCCAUGUCAACCUGUCGCAAACUAUAGGUAUUUGAAAACAAGCCACUGCGCUGGUUUCCUGCAGCAAAUACAUUCGCCAAGUGGCCUUGUUUGUACAAGUUUACCGGCUGGAUUCGCCAAGUGCGAUGGGAUAACGUUUACAAGGGGAAUUAUAAUUUUUGUCAUAAAAUAAUGCCUCUUUGAAUGUACUUUUUAGGAAAAUAACUGUUUAUUGUUAUUCAUAACAAUAAAUAUGCACAAAAAUUAAAAUUGGAAGCGUUUCUCAUUAAGCCUGCUAUCACACCGAGUGUUUUGCUUACAUUGCCCCCUCCCCCCGCCCCUCCUUAUUUCACUAUCGAUUUCCUAUUAUACCUCUAACUUCUAUCUGGGGUUAAUGUAGUGAAAUAAACCGAAAUAUUAUAUGCUCUGUAGUUUAAAUAAUUUUCAUAGUCGAGUAUUUAUCAAUGUGUAAUGGAUUUGAAAUUAUGCUUUUUAAGUUUGCACAACUUUUAACUUAACCUUUGAUUAAUUAAUUUUGUUCAGAGUUUAUUUAACAUAAAAAAUCCAGAAGUUAUAAAAUAUAUCGCACUAUAUACUUUAUAGCAUAUAAAUUAAUAAAUUUUUAGAGUACAUAUAUUUAAUAUUGUUGGGAAUAUAAAAAAAUUUAAAUGUGAAACAACCUAUGGAAUAACAUUAUUAUAACAGAGAAGAGAUAUCUGUUUGACAUUUUCAAUUGUAUUUUAAAAUGAACGAAAGGAUGGAAGGUAAGGAGUAACAAUAAUUUAAACGUAGAGUGAUUUUGUGAUGAGACGUAUUUGGAUUCUGUACAAAUAACAAAGAUUUAUUUUAUGUCUUGCUGUUAUUAACAUUUAUAGAAAAUUUGUAGAUAGUUGCGAAACCAAUUCUAUUCGUUUAUAUCAAAAUGUCGGUAGUUUCAAAAUCGUUUAUAAAGCUCAAAAGCUAUUUUUCUAGUGGUUUUAUCGAAAUAUGUUUUUGCGCUCAAAUGUUUUUCCAUAAUAAUUUAAUAUUUGAUCCAAAAAUAAGACUGCGUGCGGCUCGUCUGUGGUAUAGAAAUGUUUGAAUAUGCGACUGUCAGGGAAAUGUUCACCGUUAUACGUAUUAACGCGGUGAUUGUUUCUACUACGAACUUUCAUUGAACAUACGCGUUCGAUAUAGUUGUGAACUGUGCAUUGUGGCACUUGCCUAGUUUCACUUCAGGUUAACAUAUUUGAUUCGAAUAUCACAACUUAACAUAAAUUUUGAUAGUCAUUAAGUUUAUUUUAUUCAUAUUAGAUCUAACGGGAAAUCCUAUAAUUAAGUCAAAUCUCUUAACAAAUGACAAUAUCAAUAGUAAACAGUUUUGAAUAAAGGCUUGUUUACCUUUAUAAGUGUAUUAUUAGUAUUAUUUUUUGAUUUGUGGAUAGCAUACUUAUAUAUUCCAGAUAACAUGAGUUAUCUGGCAUUCUAUAGAAAGUUCAAAAAAUACUGAUACACUGAAGAUACCAGAGAAAAACACCAACUUCAGGUUCUCAUCUACAAAGUGAUAAGCUCAUAUAAGCGUUCAAACGUAAUCGUUUCUUUGUUUUAUCUUUAAUGUCCUGACAAUCCUUUCUAUAGAAUGUCUGAAUUGUACUCAUACUUUUAAUGCCGGUGACUUGUAUAUUGUUUUGAGAGCUACAACAUUCUAUAAAUUUUUAAACUAAUUUGAAUUACUAAAAUAUAAUUAAAUAAAUGUUAAAUAUAUAUUUCUAAUUUGGGAUUAGUUUUAGUUAACAAAAAACAUUUAAUAAUAUUGAAAAUGUUAACUUACUAAACAUAAAUGACACCUAUGGUUCCUUUCGUUUAAAUACAUUUGCCAAAAACUAUGACCUAAUGAAUAAUGAAUACUCUAUAAUAAUAUGGUAUCCUGUGCCAAAUGAGGUAUUCUAUACCUACCUGUGCUUUUUAAUACUCACUGUUAACAUAGUACUGAAUAAAAUAUAUCGUGAAAGUAGUUAGCUGUAAUCUACAUGUUUGCGUUUCUUUUCGUCACAUUGGUAACGCAAUCAAUUAAGUUUGGCGCCCAGUGGUAGAAAUUUACUGCAUUAGAUAUGAAAUAACGCAAUAUAACAUAAUUAAUUAAAACCACCUAUAAACUAGAUUAGAUUGCUACGGCGUAGCACUAAAAAGCGUAGCAACUAAAAGUAGCGUGACUACGAAUACGCUACGCCGUUAUAUUCUACAACAUAGUACGAGAAAAAUGUUACUCUGUAAUGUAUGGUGGCGUAGGAUUUAGUAUACAAUGCAGAAGCAUUAUUUUGGGGAUGUUGUUUUGCAACCACAUGCGAAUCUCAAAAAUGAUUCGGAAACUUCAAGCAUGACAGUAACGAACGAGAUUGCAGAUAUUUGAUCCUAAUUACCGUAAGUUCGGUGGCCUGCGUUUUCUUACUAUGUUAAAUGAGAUGUAAGUUACCCUCUUUCUAAUUUGUAGCAUAAUUAGUCAGCUAUGCACGAUUGCGUACUAAUGAUACUGAAUUAUCAUUACAACAGCAAUACUUUACGUUUUCUGUAUCAAUAAAAAUUAGAUAAGUAAAAAUUUGAGUUUUUUAUAGUUAUAUAACAAACUGAACUUCCAAUGGGCGCUGGGCUUAAACUACCCUAUAGUUGAAAAUGCACUUUACCUUAUGGAAAAAUACACUAGGUAGUUUUGAUAAUAAUUUCUCUUCGUGAUCAAAUUCGAAAUUUCUAUCAUAGGUUAGGCGAAUUAUAUAACAUAUAUACAUGACUAAGUUUGUUUUUAUUUAAAACUUGAGAAAUAGAAAAUAGUUGUUUUGUUACUGUAGAAGUAUUAAAUUGUAAAGGUGUUAUUUAAAAUCACGGUUAUACUGUAAACUGAACAGCGCAUGUGAUUCUCGCAUCUUCUUAAUUGGGUUCGAAUUAUGCUACCAUAUUGAAAUGCAAUAAGUAGAUUGUUAUUUGUAUUAUUGUAAUAAUUUAAUAAUGUCGUUACAUACCUACUUAACUAAAUUAUUUUUUAAAUUUGUGCCUGAGAGUAAAAAUAUGUGUUAUAUUUUAUUUAUGUAGGUAUUUAUUUUUUUAACAAUAAAUGAUAUAAGGCAAAUAGUCAGUCAUUUGAUUCUAAUCUUGUGAUUAUGUUUUUUAUAGUUUAUUUCGUAUUUUGUUCGUAUUAACUAUAAGUUGAAACAUAUCACUGACUUUAAAUCACCUGUUCAGUUUACAAAUUUAUUGUGAUUUUAAUAAUAUAUUAACGUUUUACACUAAUUUUGAAAUUUAUUGUAUAUUAUGUAUCCAUACUGUGUAGAUAUUGUAAUUAUUUAUUAUUAUUACCAAACAUAAAUACAUAUUGCAAUUAUAUUUCAAAUUUUAAGUAUCAGUUCCAUAAUUGUUUUGUGAUUAAUUAAAAUAAAACCUGUUUAUUAAUAUACAUAUGUUAAAAUAUUCGAAUUUAAUAAUUACGAACUUAUACAAUCAAUUUAUAGAUAUUGUUAUACUAAGAAAAUAUAAUUAAUAAAAUGAAUAAACAAAUAUGAGUGAAUAAUGAAAUGAAGAAUGAGCUCAUUAAUUGCGAUUGUAUUUCAUACUUCAAUGACAUUUGAAAGUAAUGUAGGAAAAUGAAUGAAUAUUUAGAAAGACUUAUUGAAGUAAAAUACGAAUGUAACUAAUGUUAUUAUAAGUAUUGUACUUUUAUAAUUUGAACUUUAUAUUGUUUGCCCCACUAGAUUCGGUUCUUAUGUUUUCUUCGAUAUGUUUGUAAAACUGCUUUAAAGGUGCUAUGUAUAUUGUAUUAAAACCAUAUAGCGUUGGUGUACCACUUUACCGUCAUUCAUUUGCUGACUGCGAAUUAUGUAUGUUCUAUAAAAUACAACAUGACAUUGUUUAAUAUUUUGAUAAAUGUUCAAACCUUUUUUUAAAAUUAAUUAUAUGCCUAAAUUAAAAGUGCCUUUACGCUAGUACGCUUAGUGCACGGAAAUUUGUUUAAUUUAUACAUACAUAAGCAUCUUUUUUGUAGUUUAACAAAAGUUUAUUAUUUUAUACUAGGUAUGUUUUAAUUUACAAUAUGUUUUUGCAACUUUAGGGAAUUCCGAAAUAAGGACCUAUUUCGUGAAUUUAUGUAUGCAAUUCCAUUGUUUUUGUAACUACUUAUAUUAUGUUCAAUUUUGUGACACAUACGGAAAUUACUUUUUAUUGCUUAUGAAUAAACAUAAAAUGUAUUUGUGAA